AUGAGUAUUAUCAAGCUUCCUAUACACCACACAACCCUUCACUCCAGCAACUGUGGUGCAGAAGGUCAUAACAUAUUGAAAUGCAAGGAGCCUCUAAGAACUACCUCAACUAGAAAAACCGAAGGGAAGCAAAGACCACUUAAACUUGAUGUGAUGAGGAAACUAAGACCUAGAGGUGGACCAAAUCGAGUGCAGUAA